AAGUUGACCCCUUGCGAGGCUGCGACGACGCCCGUCCCCGGCCCACGCGCCCCUCCCGCUCGUUCCCCGAGCCGGACCACGCAACCUACGCGCGCUCCAGCCCCGCCCGGCCCGACGCCACCGCCCACCAGCCUACCUACGAGCGAGCCAUCGCCAUUCCCGGCCUGCAAAAACCCAAACACCGUCUGACCACCACUCCCCCUCCCCCCGGGCCGCCUGAUCCCCCAUGGCCGUCGCGAGGCUGGUGGCCGCGCCAUUCCCCCUCGCCCGCGCCCGCGGCCCGCCGGCGCGGCUGCUCUUCGCGCCGCUCCCCCUCCCCCGCCGUCGCGCCGCCGCGCCCGCCCUGCGCGUGGCGUCGGACGGCCACGGACGCCCGGACCAGGGUGCGGAGGACGCGGCGCUGGCGCGGGCGAGGGGCGCGGUGUCGGAGCGCGCGGCGAGGAAGGAGUCGGAGCGGCGGACGUACCUGGUGGCCGCGCUCAUGUCCAGCCUCGGCAUCACCUCCAUGGCCGCCGCCGCCGUCUACUACCGCUUCGCCUGGCAAAUGGAGGGCGGCGAGAUUCCGGUGACGGAGAUGCUGGGCACCUUGGCACUCUCCGUGGGCGCGGCGGUGGGGAUGGAGUUCUGGGCGCGGUGGGCGCACCGGGCGCUGUGGCACGCGUCGCUGUGGCACAUGCACGAGUCGCACCACCUCCCCCGCGACGGGCCCUUCGAGCUCAACGACGUCUUCGCCAUCAUCAACGCCGUCCCGGCCAUGGCCCUCCUCGCCUUCGGCUUCUUCAACCGCGGCCUCCUCCCCGGCCUCUGCUUCGGCGCCGGCCUGGGGAUCACGCUGUUCGGGAUGGCCUACAUGUUCGUCCACGACGGGCUGGUCCACCGCCGCUUCCCCGUGGGCCCCAUCGAGAACGUGCCCUACUUCCGGCGAGUCGCCGCCGCCCACCAGAUCCAUCACAUGGACAAGUUCGACAGCGUGCCAUACGGGCUGUUCCUCGGCCCCAAGGAGCUGGAGGAGGUGGGAGGGACGGAGGAGCUGGACAAGGAGGUGCAGAGGAGGAUCAAGAGGAGGCAGAAAUCAGACGCCAUGCAAUGAGGAAGGACAUAUAUUUUACUCUUACUACUACUCCUACUACUUACUCUUUUUUUUUUACCUGCCCUGCGAUACGCAUGCAGGUUUAUUUUACCCUUCUUCUGAUUGCGGAUUAGAAUCAGAUCAGAUUUUGUGUCGCUAGCUUUGUAUAUUAGCUAUAAACGGGGCACUGCGAGGUGCGCCAGGUCGGUCCGUGGAGCACACUGGUAUUAGAAAAAUGGUGUUGUGUGUA